AGUACGUUUGUACCGAGCGUUCGUAUGAGUUAUUUUCGUUCGGCUAUGGUUAGAGGAUUUUCUAUCUUAAACGUAGGAGUUAGCUUUGUUUCACUGACUAGUAGGUGACCAAUUCAAACAGCAAACGACAUGUAGGAUGUUUGUAGUUAAUUCAACAGCUGAUGAUGGUAGUGGGUAUAUGACUUGUGGUGUGGGUCAUUCGCAGUCAGUGGAGUGAACGAAACCCAGUGUGUGUCCGCGAUUUUCGCAUACUUUAUUUUUGGAAAAGGAUGUUAUAACACAUCGAACGCUAGUUCAACAAACCGAUGUAUCUUUGACAAAAAUGGCAGACCCAAAAAGCAUAAAAAUAAACCUCUCCACGGAAACCGAAGACGGGAACGAAUCCGUGUCCUAUAACGCUAGAGCCGUUUGUUCGCCGCCGCCUAAAGAACUCGAAUCCCUCAAUAAUGCGUCUGUUUUAAGUGGAUCGCAGAACAAUCUCUGCAACGGCUCCUCGUCUGUGACAAUAACUAGCUCUGGAGCACUCCGCAAAGUUCCAAAUAAUAGCCCAACGGGUCAUAAAAAACCCAUGAUAUCUCUCACCCACUUGCCAAAAAGACCACCUGUCGAUAUAGAGUUCAUAGAUUUAUCGUAUUCGGUCUCCGAAGGUCGGAAACGAGGUUACAAGACAAUACUGAAAUGCGUGAAUGGAAAAUUUAGAUCUGGCGAACUUACUGGCAUUAUGGGACCUUCAGGCGCCGGGAAAAGCACAUUGAUGAAUAUUCUGGCCGGAUACAAGACGUCCAAUCUGGACGGUUCUGUCCUGAUCAACGGCAAAGAGCGAAGUCUGCGCCGAUUUCGAAAAAUGUCGUGUUACAUAAUGCAAGACGACUGUUUGUCGCCGCAAUUAACCGUGAAAGAAGCAAUGACAGUGGCUGCGAAUCUCAAACUGGGGAAAGGAAUAACCCGUUCCGAAAAAAAGGUUGUGAUUAAUGAGAUUAUGGAAACGUUGGGAUUGCAGGAUUGUACAGAUACCUACGCCGCUAGUUUGUCUGGUGGACAAAGAAAACGACUCUCUAUUGCCUUAGAACUUGUAAAUAAUCCACCUGUAAUGUUUUUCGACGAACCGACGAGCGGUUUAGAUAGUUCGUCUUGUUUCCAAUGUUUAUGUUUGUUGAAAUCUUUAGCAAGAGGUGGCAGAACUGUGAUAUGUACCAUACAUCAACCUUCGGCUAGAUUAUUCGAAAUGUUUGACCAUCUGUACAUGCUGGCGGAGGGACAGUGCAUCUAUCGGGGCAACGUCUCCGGAUUGGUUCCUUUCCUUUCGAGCAUGGGGCUCAACUGCCCGAGCUAUCACAAUCCUGCUGAUUAUGUGAUGGAAGUAGCCUGUGGCGAGCACGGCGACUACGUGCAGAAAUUGGUCGUCGCAGUGAACGCAGGCCGCUGCAAUACCUACUUACAAAAAUCGGAUCAGCGCAAAGUCAUCUCAAACGACAUUGCAAAAGAGACAAUACCGCUAAAGCCACAGUGUGAGUCCCUCCCUGUGCCAAACGGCUUUGCUAAUAAAACCUCAACUGCGACCCCAGCAACGUGCACAACCUCGUUACUGGACUCGUCGGAAAACUUGCCUCAAAUUGAGAAAAGUGGUUUCCCGACCUCUGGAGUGCUCCAGUUUUGGAUCCUGUUGAAGAGGACGAUCGCGAUAACACUCAGGGACAAAACGCUCACGCGAAUGAGGCUCGUUGCUCACAUCAUCAUAGGAAUAUUGCUCGGUCUGAUUUACUACGAUAUUGGCAAUAAUGCCGCCAAAGUUAUGAGCAAUGCCGGGUGCUUGUUUUUCACGACAAUGUUCACGAUGUUUACCGCGAUGAUGCCCACAAUUCUGACAUUUCCAAUGGAGAUGUCUGUUUUCGUAAGAGAACACUUAAACUACUGGUACUCUCUUAAAGCGUACUAUUUUGCCAAGACUCUAGCCGAUAUACCGUUUCAAAUCGUUUUAACUGCUUGCUACGUUAUGGGCGUUUACUAUUUAACUUCUCAACCUCUUGAAGCCACCAGAUUCGCCAUGGUUCUACUAAUUUCAGUACUGACGGCUCUAGUGUCACAAAGCUUUGGGCUGUUGGUUGGUGCAGCUUUUAAUAUCGAGGGAGGAGUGUUUCUCGGACCAAUAUCAACGAUACCGUUAGUGCUAUUUUCGGGAUUUUUCGCAAAUCUCAAAGAUAUUCCAGUCUACUUAAAGUGGUUGCCGUACAUGAGUUACGUCAAGUAUAGUUUUGAGGCUACAAUGAUUUCGAUCUAUGGCUUGGACAGGCCAAAGCUGGACUGCCAGGACGAUUAUUGUCACUUCAAGUACCCGACAAAGUUCUUGGACCAAAUGGCAAUGAAAAGCGACAUGUUGACGUACACUAUCGAUGUUGUGGUCCUUUGUGGACUUUUUGUUGUACUUAGGAUAUGCGCAUAUUUCGUCUUGCGAAUUAAACUACUUCAAGUCCGUUAAAGGCAAUUGUAAAUUCGACAUUUUUAAUUAUGUGAUAGUCUAGUGAAUUUUAUAUUGUGAUGUAUUUAUAUAUAGGUACUUUUUACGUGAUGGUAUUAAAUAUUAUCUAUUAUUUUUUAUUGAAACACUUGAAUUAAUUAGUUGUGCGGGGUCUACUCACAAUUUGUUUCUCUCACAGAAAUCGUUAAGGUACUAAACUAGAGUUGUUGCAGAGCCGCAAACUAGAGUUAUUACACUUAAUAGAGUGAGCAGCAAUGCUUAGAGCUAACCCAAAUCGAGUUUUUAUUGACAAUAAUGCUUUGCAGUUUUCUCGAACGUAGUUGUUCCGUGAGAUGGGAUAAUGCACAAUUUGUUACCAUUGUUGCUCAUUUAAACAUAGACACAUGUAUAUCUCAAACAUACCAAUUCUAUUUUGUCUUAUUUUAAAUUAUGUUUGAAGCAAGUUUACUGUUACGGCCCCCGAAGUUAUCCGUUUCAGGAGAUUUGCUUUUUGGCUGUGCUCAGUUUUUCACCCGAAUUAUACUUUCAAGAUAUAUUUUUCUAUAACAAUUGGAGAAAAAUUGUGUUGGGACCGAAUUCGAGCUGAAAUAAUCGAAUUAUUUCCACUCGGAAUCGGGGCCUUUAUUAUUAUAUCCAUGACAGGCUUUUAAAGAUUUAUUUUCCAUAAAUUUAUUUAAAAAAUAAUAAAAAACAGUUGGUAAUCGCAUAAUCAAGACCAUUUUUGUACUGGAUGGCAAGAGCUCUGAUUUGUGAAUAUAAUAACCAUAUUAAAUUGUGUUACUUAUAACACGUUAAAAACAGUAAGCGAACUGAAUUGUGCCAGCUCUUGAUAGGUACCAAGAUAUCUGUUAAUUCACUUUGUAUGUAUACAUUUCACACAAAAUAAAAUUUUGUACUAAGGGAUACCAAA